AAAUUUUUGGGAAAUAUGGAAGUGACUAUAUCGUUAGAUCAGCUAAUCAAGUACCACUCGAAGAUCGUCAUGUUGAAGAAAAACCCAGAAAAGUUAGCAGUCUUUGUUAGUAAAAUGAUCGGUUCAGGGAGUAAGUCCCAAAUAAUGCAGAUAUAUGACAUGAUUGUGCCUCCAUUUUCAAACCUAAAGAGUAAAGAUAAAUAGGAAAGUGGCAGCUUUGAUUAUUUUUGAAAUAUGUUCGACUAAUUUUGAGCUUCUUUGAAUGAUCUCUGAAAAGCUAAAAUUCUCACCAGCCAAUGGGAAAGUAUGACUGAAUACAAUCCCGAAGGCAUUAACCGAAAAAUUUAAUAAUAAUCAUGAGCUGUUCAACGAACUUAAACAAUUCCUUGAAAGCUCUGCUUUGAUAGAGAACAAGGACAACUUUUGGACUUUUCCUGAGUUUAAAAGUACUCAUAAAAUAAACCAGAAUUCUCUGCCCAAGAAUUUGAAGGAUUUGGUUUUCCCUGAUCCAAAAUAUUACAUGAUGGGAUUCAACCUAGACAAGAAAGAAAAUGGGUCUGAAAACAAGCAAAGUGAUUGGAAUAUCAGUCAAUCUAGGACAAAUGAUACAUUAAAGAAAAGUUUUAAUAAGCCUUCUUCUCCAUUGGAGGCAUCUACCUACAGUGACCAUAGCCGGAAGAACUUCUCUUCUCAGAAUCAUAAGUCAAUGAUACAGAAGUUGAAAUCGAACAAGAGACACCCUUGUAAGCCUAAGAAGAGUAUACAAUUUGCAGGAAACAAGAGGAGCAGUAUCCAGGAUGUACUAUACAAGCCAAAAUUUAGCAUAACUUCGAAGAGCAAUACCUCCGUGAAGGCCUCUUCCAAGGUGAAAAAUUACUCCAUGGUCAAGAAAUACAUGCUUAAGAAGGAUAAUGACAGGGAGAGCAAAAAGUUUUCCAUUUUGAAAAAGAAGCCGUACAAGAACUCCACCCCUGUGAGCGCUUCAAUGUGAAUGCAAGGAAGGAGCAGUGAUCUUAUUAAUAAUCUGAGUCAGAUAUCUGGCCGGUCUUUCUAUAGUAAGUCUAAUGCCACUCAGACCCCAAAGUCGGCUAUGAAGGCUAAGUUUAAGACCAAUGGAGAGCAGCAGAAUGAAUUUGCUACAAAAACUUUAUAUAAAUCCCAAAAUACUCCAAAGCAGAGGGCGAUUCCAAGGCCUAAGCCAAAGGUAAUCUCUUCUCCGGGAAAAGCAAAGAAGGCUUCCCAAAAGAUGAAGGAGAUAAAGUCAAAAUUUACUCCAAGUAGAAACCAAAAAAUGAAGUCUGAUGGGCUUAACUCCUACGAAAAUUCGAAACCUAAGAAGAUUAUAUUCCAACAGAUGUGAAGCAAGCCUACUACAGUGAGUAGCAGGCUAAGAAAGAUGAAAGAGCAAGCUCUUAUCUCCUCAAGACUGAGGAAUAAGAAAUCUGCUGGGCCUGAAUAUAGCUCAUCUCUGCAUGAAGCAAUGAACAAAUCAAGUCUUGAUUAUUAUGCCAGGGCAAAGCCAAAUGCGACUAAAUUUCAGAAGUUAAGAAAGCGUGUGGCUAAAACCUUCGUGGAAAAUCGCUUAAAAUAAUUAUACUACUAUAUUUAC